CUCUAUGGUCCAGGACGUCGCUCAGCCCGAGUUUCCCUGUAUCUGUGGUGCUGAGUGUGGAGGAGCCGCUGUCCCCGGGUGUCAUGGCGGCUGAUCUGUGUUGGCUUUCUCUGCUCCUGGCUUCUCUGGCACUGAGCGGGGCUGUGUAUGAGGACCAAGUGGGAAAGUUUGAUUGGAGGCAGGAAUAUGUGGGGAGGAUCAAGUUUGCUUCACUGGAAUCUGGUUUGGGAGCCAAAAAGCUGAUUGCGGUUACCGACAAGAACAUCAUUGCGGCUCUGAACUCCCGGACUGGUGAUCUUUUGUGGCGCCAUGUUGAUAAGGACACGUCUGAGGGGACAGUGGAUGCGCUAAUGAUGAUUGGCCAAGAUGCUAUUACAGUGUCUGGGGGGCGCCUGCUGCGCUCCUGGGAGACAAACAUUGGUGCUCUAAACUGGGAGGCUGCUCUGGAACCUGGAAGUUUUCAGGCAGUGAGUUUUGCUGGCAGUCAGGAUACAGCUCGCUACGUGGCAGUUUUGAAGAACUCCGCAUUAUCCCUCUACUUUCUCUCCAAUGGACAUCUCAAGUGGUCGGAGUCUCUCCCAGAGAGUGAUACUGUACAGUACCAGCUACUCUACUCCCCAUACAAAGGCUCUGUCCAUGUUGUUGGACUUGUCCCUCACAGUCACCUGACUAUCCUCACAUUCAGCUUGGAAGACGGCUCCAUCAGCCACCAGGUCCGGGUCUUGACUCCAUGGUUGCGUACCCUGCAUGGGACCUGUGGGGUGAUUGGAGAAGGUGUUUUGGUUUGUGGAGAUGUACCAAUGGCCUCCAUUCACAUUAUUUCUUUACUCUCUGGCGAGGAGACAACACGCUAUUCUGUGCAGUCCCUGGAUAUUGAACUGGCUGAAGAUCCUACUCAGUUGGAUGUAAUCACAGCACCUCAAAAUGGUAUAGGAGGGAGCCUGUCACAGUUCUUCCUGCAGAUUGCACCCCGACGCUUCUUGUUAAUGCACUACCGUGAUGGAGUUCUCACCCCACUGCGCGACUUCUCUCAGGUUUCACUGGUGAACUUUGCUACCACAGGAGAGAAAACAGUUGUUGCAGUGAUGCAGUGCAAAACAGAGGGGAACCCAAAAUCUGGAGCAGAGUCUGAAUAUCUAACAGGACAAAAUUGUGCUCAGGAGCCCUGGUACUGCCCUGGACACACCUACAGCAUCAAUCUGUACAUGGCUGAUAGUGGCAGGCGACUCUUAGAGACCACCAUGAGCUUCACCCUGGAUCAGAUCUGUGUGCGACCGGAUUCUUUCUACCUCCAAACAUUCUUGAGAAAGGACGAUUCGGUGGGUUAUCGAGCCCUGGUACAGACUGAAGAUAACCAGCUCCUGUUUCUCCAGCAGCCAGGAAAAUUAAUUUGGCUGCGAGAGGAAUCUCUGGCCGAUGUGGUCACCAUGGAAACGGUUGAUUUACCUCUGACAGGAGCCCAGGCUGAACUGGAAGGGGAAUUUGGCAAGAAAGCAGACGGGCUGAUAGGGAUGGUGCUAAAGCGACUGUCGUCCCAGCUGAUCUUACUGCAGUCCUGGAGCGCUCACCUCUGGAAGAUGUUCUGUGACGCCCGUAAGCCUCGCAGCCAAAUCCGCAAUGAGAUCAACGUCGACACACUGGCCAGGGAUGACUUCAACCUGCAAAAGAUGAUGGUUAUGGUGACGGCUUCUGGAAAGCUGUUUGGCAUUGAGAGCAGCUCUGGCAGUAUCCUAUGGAAGUUUUACCUGCAUGGAGUUCACCCCGGCUCUUCAUUCAAGUUACUUGUCCAGAGAACGACGGCUCACUUCCCUCACCCACCUCAGUGCACCCUGCUGGUCAAGGAUAAGGUGACUGAGAAAAGUGCAAUGUACGUGUUUAACCCCAUCUUUGGGAAGCUAAGCCAGCUGGCCCCUCCCCCUUUGCAGCGCCCCAUCCUGCAGUCUCUGCUCCUCCCCAUCAUGGACAAUGACUAUGCUAAGGUCCUGUUGCUGCUGGAUGAUCAGCACAAGGUCAUUGCUUUCCCUGCUACAAAGUAUGUUCUGCAGCAGCUGCAGGAGCUGCAUUCCACCAUAUUCUUUUAUCUGGUAGAUGUGGAAAAGGGCAAACUAUCUGGUCUGCGGCUGAAUAAGGACCUUUCUACAGAGGAGAUCUGGGAAGUUUUGCUGCCAGCCGACCAGCAGAGAAUCACCGUUGUAAAGGGGAAGCGAUCCAACGAGCAUGUCCAUUCCCAAGGACGUGUAAUGGGUGACCGCAGUGUUCUAUACAAGUACCUGAAUCCCAACCUGCUGGUGCUGGUGACGGAGAGCACAGACACACACCCAGAGCGCUGCUUUAUUGGGAUCUAUCUCAUUGAUGGGGUGACAGGACGCAUUAUCCAUUCAUCUGUGCAGAGAAGAGCUCGGGGCCCUGUGCAGAUCAUCCAUUCAGAGAACUGGGUGGUGUACCAGUACUGGAACAGCAAGGCGCGGCGCAAUGAGCUGACAGUUUUAGAGCUUUAUGAAGGAACAGAACAGUAUAACAGCACAAACUUCAGUUCUCUGGAUAGGCCACUUCUCCCCCAUGUUCUACAGCAGUCCUACAUCUUCCCCUCGGCUAUCCGUGCCAUGCAGGCCACCAUAACCGAGCGAGGCAUCACUAGUCGCCAUAUUCUCAUUGGUCUUCCUUCUGGAGCUAUCCUUUCCCUCCCUAAAGCAUUACUGGACCCAAGGCGUCCGGAGAUACCAAAUGAAUACACCAGGGAGGAGAAUUUAAUCCCUUAUACGCCGGACAUUCAGAUCCACGCGGAACGCUUUAUAAAUUACAACCAGACGAUCUCUCGCAUGCGUGGAAUUUACACGGCUCCCUCUGGCCUGGAGUCAACGUGUCUGGUUGUGGCCUAUGGACUUGACCUUUACCAGACCCGGGUUUACCCUUCGAAGCAGUUUGAUGUCCUGAAGGAUGAUUACGAUUAUAUCCUGAUCAGCAGCGUCCUCAUUGGCCUGGUCUUUGCUACAAUGAUCACCAAGAGAUUGGCCCAAGUGAAGCUGCUGAAUCGAGCCUGGCGCUAAAUCCAUUCCCUGCAACAAGACCAGAUUCCUCGUUAUUUCACUGCCUCGUUAUGUUGGAUAAACCCAUCAGCUGAGGAGCUAAUUAAGUGUCUGGUCUGAAAUGAUACCUGUAAAUUGCUGGCAAAGAUAUAGGUUUGCUGUACAGCACUGGGUGCCAGCCCUUGCUGAUAGUUGUAGUCACACAAAGGUACUUGUCUUUCAGGGGCCGCCUGACUGUUCAAAGGAAAAUGGUCACUGUACAUCAUAUUGCUUGGCCGAAUUAGGUUGAACCAAUCACUUAGGCCCCCUUAAAGGAAAGUUAAAUUAAAUAAGCAGGCUAGAAAUGUUGUACAUGAUGUUUUGUGCUUCUGUACCAGCCCAAGGCAACCACAGCCCUUUAGCAGUAAAGAUCUGUGUCUCCAAAGAUGCCCCAGUAGCUCCCCAUCUUCUUUUCUGCUGAUUCACUGCACAUGCUCUGUGCUGCUGUCACUUACUGAGCUUAGGGAGCCACUCACAAUAUACAGUACACAUAGAAUAGAAAUGUCACAAUAUAAGGCUGAUUAGUAAUUAAUACAGAUAAUUACUACAUGGCAGCACAGAAACCAGUGCAAUUAGCAUCAGAAUUGAAUAAUCAGCAAACCUGUAGCAUCAGCUUAUAUUACAGCCAGGGAAGCUCAUUUUCUGCUGGCUAAUUAGUGACGAGCCCUAAGCUUAGCUUCUCAACAGCCAAUCAGAGCCCACUGAGCAUGUGAGUGUCACAGACACUUUCCAAGAUGGUGACCCCCUGUGACAAGUUUGAAGUCCUGGAUCAUUGCUGCUAUUGACAAGCUGAAACUUUAGCCUCGUGCAAUAAGUUCACUAUAUAAAAUAUGCCAUUUUUAGCCACAUUCAUUUUUAGGGUUUAGUUCUCCUUUAUAGAACAGGGGGCAAAUCUCUUUAUAUAAAGGAAAUGAACCUGAAAUAUGUCUGGUCCCUACUAUACUGGAAAGUCCUGCUAUUGGCAUUAAAUACAGGCAGUGCCCACAGCCGUGAUUAAACAAAUGAUAAAUUAUGAUCGGUACCUGUUAAUCCAUCACCAAAUACACUAGUCCUCUUACUUUGACUGCAACUAGGACACAGCACUUUUUUUUUAUAGUGAAUUCAAAUCGGUUUAAUUUAUAAUUGUCAUUUUUAGCAUUCAGAUUAAUUCUCCAUUCUCUGGCCCCCAAAAUUACGUGGAAUGAAAAUGAAUGGGGGUUGCCCCAGUAAUCACCCCACUUUUCAUUUGUAAAUUUUAUUAUUUAUUUAAAUUAAUUCCGUGAGAAUUUAAACCAUUGUAAUGUUGUGCUUGUGAAUUUGUCAACUCUAUCUGGGAAUUGAACUCACAGCCUGUUUGCUUUUGCUUAACUACAGCUCCCAUCAUUCUGUCUGAGCUGUGAUGAAUAGUCUGACCUUCCUAAUCUACAGCAAUCCUAACCAAUAGGUUUAAACAAAAUUCUUAUGCAUUUAGGAUUAUUUAAUCAUUUGAUCUAUUUAUUUUGUGAUAUUAAUGGAAAUGGAAACCAGUGCUCUGGGCACAUCUGCAUUCAUUAUUUUCUUGUUUUCAAGAUAUUCUCAGUUUCUACGCUGCUAAUAUAAUGAAUUUCAAACAACAGCACCACCUGCUGAUCAUUUCUACCAACUGCCGGAUUUAAGUUGGUGAGAAGCGGAAAGUCUAGUGAUGUUAUUGUAAUAAGACCUGACCAGAGAAGCAUCGGGUGACGUCUCUCUGCUCAUUAAAUUAAUUUUCUGAGCAGAGGACUUUCCGUUCUCACUAACUUUAUUUGCUGUGUACUGAAAUGAACAGCAGGUGGCGAUGUUGUUUCAGAUUCAUAAACUAGAAUAAAAAAGAAUGUAAAUAGGGCAAUUGCUGUUCAUUUUUACAAGGUUUUACAUUUCCUUUAAUAGGUUAGUCCAUACUUGGAACCUGUUUUAUCUUUGCACUGAAAACCGCCCAUCAGGAGGAAAGGGCGACCGAAUAUAUCACUGGAGUUGAAGCUCUAAAUCCUGUGGUUUAUUGUUGGAACUGAUAGUCCUAAACUGCUAUUUAAUAUGAAAUGAGCAAAAUGUCAGUUCACCGCUGUAAAAUAAAGAUAAAAUAAAAGAUGUUUUGAAAA